AUGGUUCAGCAGCCUUACCUCUACGACCCAGAUCGAUCGGACCCGCGUUUCUCGCCCACGAAGCCGUUCGAUCCCAAGGCUGUCACGAGAGCUAGCUGGGAAUCGAAGCCGUCCACACCCAAGAAGAAGGAUGGACCGCUUAUGUCUUUCAACCAGCACCCUGACCUUCACGAGGUACCUCCGGGACGAAACACCAAUUUCCGACCCAUGAGCAACAGGACAAAAUCAUGGAUCGUGGGAAUGAGACGUGUACAGCUGGGCCUUCGAUGCUUUGAGCUCGUUGGUGCUGUGGGUCUAGUCACGCUCAUGAUCUUGAUCUCGAAUGUCGAUCCUCUCACGGCGUGGGUCAUGAGAAUCGCACCCGGCGUCUUUGCCAUCGCUUCUGUGUACGCUAUCUGGCAUCUCUCCAGGAGCGCCGGCAGCAGAACUCCUGCCUCGUCGGCAGCGUACCAGCUAUUUGCAGCCUUCACUGAUGUCGCGAUUCUGAUAUUCUACGUCUAUGGAGGCCUCUCGGUCGUCAAUCACGGAACCGAGUGGGGUACUCUGUUGUACAACGAAACCCUUGUGGCUUAUUUCGUGCCCGCAUAUUACUACACGCUCAUCGGCGCCGGAGGUUUACACGUUGUUUCGCUCCUGAUCUCGCUAUGGCUCGGUUUGAUGUUCCGACGAAUUACCAACAUGCCCCCGGACAUGAACCCGUUAGAAGACCACCUGACUGCCAGACACAAGCGCAACAAGUCUUCGAUUGCUACCAGCUACAUGACGGAAAGUUCUAGACGCCUGUCUACUCCACUGGAGGAACGCCGUCGCUCUGGUGCACCGUAUGAGACUCUUUCUCGUCCACCGAGCAUCCCCUUCAUGCAUACUCGCUCCAACUCCCGGGACUCAUUCGUCUCUUCGAAGGGCGACCUCCCCAGCCGCCAGUACCAAGUUGAGCCCAGCAACUCGCCGCGCAAUAGUGUUGCAUCAGCAGCUGAGCUCAAGCGCUUGUCCAAGCCUGCUUCUAACCGGGGUAGCUACACCGAGAUCCCACUCCACGAGACAGGAUCUCCGCGUCAUAGUAACGGCAUCGAUUCUGCCAACGCUUCGCCCACGCGGGUUGGCAAGUUCACGGAGUCCUGGUACGCCUCGGAAUCGCUCAUCAAUCGCACCCAGCAACGCCAGCGUGCAAUGAAUGCAGCUGCCACCUCCGCAAACGCCUCCAAGUUCCGUGCCUACGAGGCCGUCAGCCAGCAAUACGACGACGUCUCCGAUGAUGACUCGGACCGCGAGAACAACAUGCGCCCUGACCUCGACGACAUGGCGUAUUUGGCUGACAGUAUCACUGGCAAUGGCUCGCACCCCAACCCUCUGCGAUCAAACCCCACACCCGUCUCCUCCGUGGGCUCCUCGGAAGUCUCCUCGGUAGCUCCACCCGUCCCCUCUCACGGGGUGAGCGGCGGGCCGCGAUCCAAGACGCCGUAUUACCCGCGAGUCUCGGCACUCGGAGAGAUCUCGUCGAACAGGCGGUCCGUGAGCGGCAGCCAGGACAUCACGGACCAGAAGCCGGGCAUGUUGGCCGCGCCCGUGGGUUCCGGGAUGGGACGGAAUAGAGACUCGUCCAUCCAGCCCGAGGACGCCUUCUACUCGAAGCCGUAUGGCGAUCUCAAGCCGGCCACACCUCCCAUCAUGGUCGGCACCGGCCGCCAGGUGUCCUCGGGCAACGACUACGACCUAGGCAGCGCCCCCGGUGCCUACGGCAAGUACCGACGGAAUGUGAGCGGCAAGGCCGCCGAGGAGGGUAUGGCAGGGAAGCGGUACUCGCGGUACAGCGUGCUGAACGACGAUUAA